AUGAAAAGAGCUGAUAAUUACUCAGUAAACUCGGACAUCCUAUACGACACAUAUUGGUGGUUGGCACCCAAAUAUUUCAAGGAACUCUCAUCCAGACCAAAGUAUCUUGUGGCUGUUGAGUCAGGGAUCAUGUUACUAAUCACCACGAUCGCAUUUGGAGGAAACUUUAUCGUGUGUCUGACUAUGACCCGGAAUCCUACCCUUCGCACCGCCACAAAUCUACUGAUUCUUACGCUAGCAGCGGCAGAUAUGCUAACGGCUUGUCUUCCGCUCACAGUAGCAACUAUUGUCCUUAUCAAAGGAAAAUGGAUCGUAGAGGUAAACCCAGUAGAUGUUAAAAACUUUCCUUGUCAGUUUCAAGGGAUCAUUGCUCCCGCCUUGACAGGAUUUUCAUUACACAUAAUGGCUUUAACUGCCAUCAAUCGUUUUAUCUGUGUCGCUCAUCAAGACCUGUAUGGCAAAAUUUUCAGCCGAAGAGCAACUAAGAUAAUGAUUUCUGUGAAAGGAACGAUUAUCCUAAUUCUGACAUCUAUUCCUUAUCCCACGGGAUUUGCAAUAAUAACACUCGACCCUAGAAGAGCAAUGUGCUUCACGACUUUCAUUCAACAAAGCACGGCCCAGAUGAUUGGAACAUUGUUUUUGGUUAUCAAUGUCGCGAUCCCUAUGAUCGUAAUUUCCUUAAGUUAUUACCGAGUAUUCAAAGUGAUAAGAAGUAAUAUGUUUCAAGUUGCCAUCUCUUCCCGCCAAGACAACAGUCAUGCGCGAUCACGCUCAAUCACCUCAAAAAUUAAAGAAGUAAAAAUCACAAAAACAGUUUUUGCUGUUUUACUCGGGUAUGUCACAUGUUGGAUCCCAGUGGUCAUCUGUGACCAGCUAAGUUUUAAUAUGACUAAUCCACGCUUCCCUCGUCAAGGAGAAUUGGUUUUUACUUAUUUUCUUUGUCUCAGUUCAGCAAUAAAUCCUUUUAUCUACGGCGCUACAAACAGGGCUCUAAGAAAGGAGUUUUUCGAUUUCUUUUAUCGCCGUAAGACUGAAAAGUCAUAA